GCGGUGCGACCAAGCCUCCUUCCAAUGCGUCCUUCAUUUCCCAGGAUUCAUUGCACAACUGUGACGGUUGCAUGUUUGAGAAUAUGGCGGAUUCCGUAAGCGGAACUUCUUCGGGGGAAGAUUCUACUUCUAAAUACCUCCCACAGCAACAUGUCUGUAAGGAGGAGGUUCUCGUUGAGCAGCAGCUCUGUAACCAGGACAAGACUUCCAAUCUAGACCAGGAGGACCUAAUACUUAGACGGAUUAAAGAAGAACAGGAGGAACUCUGCACCAGCGUGGACGAGGAGGACCCAGAGCCACCCCAGAUUAAGGAAGAACAGGAGGAAUUCUGCGUUAGUCUGGACAGUGAGCAGCUUGUACUGAAGCAGGAGAGUGAUACCUUUAUGGUGACUGUUACUUAUGAGGAAAGUGACCACAGUGAACCAGAACAAGACGGUGACCAGCUUCUCUCUUACAACUCGCUUGUGGCUGAGAGCCCAGAUCAGGAGGAAAGUGAACACACUCAGUCGGGUUCAUCUAGAAUUUCAGAGAUAAACCCAAAGAACAGACACUACCAUGGAAACAGUAGUCACAGUAACAAUGUGGACAACUCUCCCAUGUCAGAGAGUCACUACGAUAUUAGGAGAGGAAAAAAGACUUUAACAUGUGACUUCUGUGGAAAAGACUUUAAAUAUGAGUCAGAUUUCAAGAAACAUCAGAGAAUCCACACAGGUGAGAAGCCGUUUGCUUGCGAAACAUGUGGGAAAGGUUUUAGUCUUUGUAGCAAUUUGACUGUUCACAUGAGAACUCACACAGGUGAGAAGCCGUACCUUUGUAACACCUGUGGGAAAAGAUUUACUGUCUUAUCAGCACUAGAAAGGCAUGAUGCUGUCCACACAGGUAAGAAGCCGUAUUCUUGUACAACCUGUGGGAGAAAUUUCAGUCAAAGCAGUAUUUUGUUGCGCCACAUGAGAACUCACACAGGUGAGAAGCCUUAUUCUUGCGAAACAUGUGGGAAAAGUUUCACUGUAAGUCGCAGUUUGAAAAUUCACAUGAGACUCCACACAGGAGAGAGGCCGUACCUUUGUAACACAUGUGGAAAAAAAUUCUCUGCCCGAUCAGCACUUACAAGUCACAUGAGAAUCCACACAGGUGAGAAGCCGUAUUCCUGUGAAACAUGUGGGAAAAGUUUCAACCAAAGCAGUAUUUUGUUUCGCCAUGUGAAAACACACACGGGUCAGAAGUCAUCGUCUUAAAAUACCACAAUCUGUGGGAACCAAACUGGUAACAACAUUUAAAAAUUGGUAAAGUAGAUCUUUCAGAUUUAAAGUGCUUUUAGACUCAAAAACGAUCCAGAGAGUUCAUUGCAUGUCACAAUGAGAGAUGACAGUGUUUCCUGUACAUUGAUUUAUUAGUGGUGCUACACCACAGUAUCAGCAAUGACUGCUACAUAUUGAUUGUUACUUUUUUGUACUGUAUUAAAAUGACUAAAUAUUUAUGUCUGAAUAGAAUCAAUCCAGUGUUGACAAACGUUUCAUAAACCUCUGCACAAAUUUGUACAAAACCGAAGUUGACUCUAAUAAAUGAAUCUAUCUCCUCUUAAAACAACACUGUCAGAGACAUAAGCUGUUGACAAGCAUGUGAAGCUGGACUCACACUACAGGAGUUUCGGGCUGAUUUACCCCUUAGCGUCUGGAUGAUGACCACACUACCACCCAGACUAGCUGACAUUUUAGCUAAGCAACGCUAAACAUUUCAGCCCUUGAAACUACCGUCAACUACGGAUACUAAAACUGUUUAUUAGAAACACUCUUAGUAUAGAAACAAAUGCGGCUGAAGAAUAGACAAUCAUUUUUUAAUCCAGGCUCAUUUAGCCUUGUGAUUUGUUUUUUUUUUUUUAUCUCACAGUAAAGUCUUUGAAGUAUUAUAUCAUGGCGAUGCUAAAUGUAAACCGUUAUUGGAGUGGAUGUGCUACAGAACCUUUCUACCAGCUACAACUGUAGUGCAUGUACGUCAUAUUGAUGUGGCAGAAUCAGGUGGUGAGCUUUCACUUUGGCAUAGUUUUGUCUAAAGUUUCUGGAACCAGCUGAAACUUAAACAUUUCACAGAGUUUAUGUAGCAUGGAUAAUUUGUGCGAUCAUGCAGACUACUGUUACGACUGUUCUUAUAGCGUAGUCGUCAUGUGGACACAAAUUUUGGGCUGGACGUUUGCUGAGUGGUCCACUUCUAUGAGAGGUAAAAAUGUACUUAGCAACAGUUAUCUGGUGGCUACGGGCAAAUAAAUGCCAACAGGUGAAUCAAGCCACUUAAGUGGAAGCCCUGUUUAUUACAAAGUAGUUUUUCCUGUUUACUGGUACUUUAAUUAAACCAUUUUUAAAACUAUUUUUACUCUUUUCUGUAUCCUUCUGAGACCUGAGCUUUGUUUGGAGUGCAUUUUUAAUUUUCCCUUGCUAGUUUGGAUUAGUAGGAUCUGAUGAGCACAUAAACUCAGAACUAUGUUUGAACAGGAAGUCUUUAAAAAAAAAAAAUUAUGUCCUCAUAUGAGGACAGUGGUUUUAUUUUACUGUAAGAUACUAUAAAUUCACCAGUGUGUAACAUUGUUUAAAACACUGAGUUUUAAUGCUUAAACUUGGCUGUCCAAAACAAAUGCAAACAGUGCAGCAAUUUGUUUAACUUUUUGUGACUUUUUUGAAUUUUCCUUACUCCAUACUACAUCUAGGAACUAGUUGUUGAUUCCCUGUAGCUCCUGGGUGAAGGCCAGUGCAAAGCAGCAACACAUGAAAAAUUCUUUACUUGAAACUCGGAACUAGGACUAGAAAAGUCCUUUAGGUCUGUAGGAACAGUUUGUCAUACUUAUUGGCUUGUGUGAAAUGCUGAAUAACAGUUGCGUUCAGUUUGCAAGCAAAGACAACCUUUCUCUCUGCAGUGCAUUGGGUUUUUCAGGGUGACCAUCUCUGGAAAAUGUACAGCAGGAGAUGUGUGGACUGAGACAUGGGGUACUGGAGUGACCUGAUGCUUUUUGCCAUGUUGUAGAGUGUCUCUUCACUUUCUCUACAUGUUGGACAUCAGCGUCACACUUGAUCAAGUAUGCCUGAGCCACUGUCAUGUGACAAAACUCAAAGAAAUUCCCAGUAACCUCAAACAAGCACUUUCUAAUUAACAUGGUCGUAGCUUCUUACUUACUUGAUGGAAACAGGCCCAUUUUUCUGUUCUCUCGCCUGAUGUGGCCACUUCGACUGAUUAUUGAAGCAGACGCUCCUUGAACGGUCUGCAGACAUUACAUGUUGAGGUUAGCCUUCGGGUCAUAGCAACUUGUUGCACUACGAUCUUCAUUUUAUUUCUAUCUGCUUCCCCAUAAGAUCACAUUACAUGGUAGACUGCUCUACUGCUCUCUCUGGCACAAUAAUCUUAAUAAUAUCUUGUAGUGUGCGAUGCACCAUUAUUUUUCAGAUCAACCCAAAUGUCUAAUCUGUCAGGAUAUUAAAACUCCUGUAGUGUGAACCAGGCUUAUGUAGGAUAGCUGGGAAGGACGACAAAAAAAAAAAAAGCAUUUUGGAGAAUGUCACAUUUAAAGUGUGAAAAUGAAGUAAAAUGUUGCCACAGAUACAGUGUGUUCAACUGGGCUGUAUUUUUUUAGCCUGUUUUUGUUUACAUUGUGGAAAAUGAAGUAAAGGGAAUCGCCUGUUUGUCUUUGCUUUUUAAACCUGAAGAUUCUCAGGCAACUUCUGAACUGUUCUAAUUCCUGCACAGUCACUGCAUUGUACAUUAUCUCUCUGAUCUCUAUCUCUGUGCCAAGUGGUCUCUUUCCUAAUUUCUUCCAAACGUGCUGAUUCAUUUAAUGUCUUUGUGUAUUUCUUGAUUGCAUCAAAGUCUCAUUGUUUCAGGCCUUAUAAGCAACACAAACCAAGUGUAGAUGUUGGGCAAUGCGUUGUAAAAGGCGCUCUAUCAAUAAAAGUUUCUUUGGUCAAAGAA